AUGUCCAGUAGACCCGUCACCCGUUCCGCUCCCGAUCGCCGAUCCUGGUACAUCUCGCCCAGCGACAUCACCGACCGCUCUGCCAACCCCAUCGGCCGCGGUGGCUUUGGCGAGGUCUUCACUGGCACAUACUUUGGCUCCAAGGUCGCCAUCAAGCAGCUCCUCGGCACCUGCAACAGCCGGGUGCUCGCUGACUACAACAACGAAAUCGAUAUCUGGCAGAAGCUCAAUCACCCACACAUUCUCCCUCUGCUCGGUGCUUGCGACCAGGACGAGGAUGGUAACCCGAUUCCUCCCUUCAUGGUAUCGCCGUUCAUGCCGAAUGGCACACUUUGUGGCCACGUCUCUGAUCCCGACGAUCCUGUCUCCCUUGACGAGAAGCUCCGUCUGCUCUACCAGGUGGCCUCGGGGAUGGCAUAUCUCCACGGCCGCCGCAUCAUCCAUGGUGAUCUCAAGGCCCUGAAUAUCCUCCUGGAUGCCUCAUUCAACGCCGUCGUCACCGACUUUGGCCUCUCCCGCACCAAACACACCUCUGCCUCGUUAAACCUGAACAAAUCCAGUGGCCCGAACGGCGGAACAGACGGCUAUAUGGCUCCCGAGAUGCUCGACGACGAUAGCCCCAGCGGCACGACCAUGAAGACCGACGUCUAUGCCUUCGCCAUCACGAUAUACGAAGUCCUCAACGAUGCCAACCCCGUCUGGACCACGGCAAGCGGCCAGGCAAUGAAACCCUUCCAGAUCCUGUCGCAGCUGCUCCAGCACAAGCGUCCCAAGCGUCUCGGCGACAUCCCCGAUGACAUCUGGGCCCUCAUCGAGCGCUGCUGGGCCCACGAUCCUGCCGAUCGUCCCUCGUUUCCCGACAUCCUUGCUGUCCUCCAG